UGCUAAGGCUGCAGAUAGCCAAAGGAGGUGCGAGUUCCGAAGUUUUGGGAGCCACGGCCUUAGAGAGGUCAAGGGUCAGUGCAGAGCCAAGGAGAUGGUGAAGCAGACGAUCCAGAUAUUCGCGAGGGUGAAGCCCCCUGUCCGGAAGCAACAACAAGGGAUUUAUUCCAUAGAUGAAAAUGAAAAAUUAACACCUAGCUUGGAAAUUAUCUUACCACGUGAUAUGGCAGAUGGAUUUGUGAAUAAUAAGCGAGAAAACUACAAAUUUAAAUUUCAAAGGAUUUUUGAUCAGGAGGCAAACCAAGAGACCAUUUUUGAAAACAUUGCCAAACCAGUUGCUGAAAGUGUCCUGGCAGGUUACAACGGUACCAUCUUUGCAUAUGGGCAAACUGGCAGCGGUAAGACAUUCACCAUCACAGGUGGAGCAGAGCGUUACAGUGACAGAGGCAUUAUCCCAAGGACACUGUCCUACGUUUUUGAGCAGUUACAAAAGGACAGCAGCAAAAUAUAUACAACACACAUUUCCUAUUUGGAAAUCUACAAUGAAUGUGGUUAUGAUCUGUUGGAUCCAAGACAUGAAGCCUCCAGUUUGGAAGAUUUGCCGAGAGUGACAAUAUUGGAGGACCCUGAACAGAACAUUCACCUAAAAAAUCUGUCUCAUCAUCAGGCAACCACAGAGGAGGAAGCCCUGAAUUUGCUAUUUCUAGGAGACACCAACAGAAUGAUUGCAGAGACUCCUAUGAACCAAGCUUCAACCCGUUCCCACUGCAUUUUCACUAUUCAUUUGUCAAGCAAGGAACCAGGAUCCGCAAUAGUACGACACGCCAAACUCCAUUUGGUUGACUUGGCUGGUUCAGAGCGAGUUGCAAAGACUGGAGUAGGAGGCCAGCUUCUAACAGAGGCAAAGUAUAUCAACUUGUCCCUGCAUUACCUAGAGCAGGUUAUCAUUGCCCUUUCAGAGAAGCACCGUUCACACAUUCCUUACAGGAACUCCAUGAUGACCAGCGUCCUAAGAGACAGUUUGGGAGGGAACUGCAUGACAACUAUGAUUGCAACACUCUCAUUAGAGAAAAGGAAUAUUGAUGAGUCUAUAUCUACCUGUAGAUUUGCACAACGAGUGGCACUGAUAAAGAAUGAAGCUGUUCUUAAUGAAGAAAUUGAUCCCAGACUGAUGAUUAUCCGGCUACAAAAGGAAAUCCAGGAGCUGAAGGAUGAACUAGCCAUCGUCACUGGGGAACGGAGGACAGAGGCACUCACAGAAGCAGAGCUCCUUCAGCUGGAAAAGUUAAUAACAUCCUUUUUAGAAGACCAGGAUCCAGAAAGUAGACUCGAGGUUGGCGCUGAUAUGCGUAAAAUUCAUCACUGUUUUCAUCAUUUAAAGAGACUAUUGCAUGACAAGAAGAUCCUUGGAAACUGUACAGUCUCCUCUGAAAGCAAAGACCCAAACUGCCAGGAACCAUUAAAAGAGGAAGAAUAUAAAAAGCUCCGUGAUAUUCUAAAGCAGAGAGACAAUGAAAUCAAUAUUCUGGUCAACAUGUUAAAAAAGGAAAAGAAGAAAGCUCAGGAUGCUCUUCACUUACCUAGCACAGAGAAAAAUGAGUUCAGACAAUCCCAGAACGCACCCUUCCCACGUGGGAACCCAGAGGAAGGCCGGAGAAUGCUGCUAUCUUCAGCUUCCACACAAAUCCAGGAUGUCAGCACUUCGGGGUACAGGCCCAGCUUACUACACCAAAAAAAAGGAAUGAGAGAGGAAAUGUCAUUAGGAUGCCAGGAGGCUUUUGAAGUCUUCAAGAGGGACCAUGCUGACAGUGUUACCAUCGAAGACAACAAGCAGAUUCUGAAACAGAGAUUUUCUGAAGCAAAAUCCCUGGGAGAAAGUAUAAAUGAAGCAAGACGUAAAAUUGGUCACCUGAAGGAGGAAAUCACCCAGCGGCACAUACAGCAAGUAGCACUAGGGAUCUCAGAAAAUAUGGCCGUGCCCUUGAUGCCAGACCCACAGGAAGAAAAGCUGCGAUCACAACUGGAGGAAGAAAAGAAAAGCUAUAAAACAAUGUUCACGCACCUGAAAGCCCUGAAGGUGGAGAUCGAGCACUUGCAGCUGCUCAUGGACAAAGCCAAGAUGAAGCUCCAGAAAGAGUUUGAAGCCUGGUGGGCAGAGGAGGCCAGAAGCCUGCAGGUAAAGUCUCCAGCAGUGAAUUCAUUGGAUCACGUGAAGCCAUUUUCCCAGACAUCUGAAUCCCAGCAGGACCAGUCCCGGCUUCUCUCUAACAAAAGUGAUGUGUAUACCAGGAAAAUCCUGCCCUCACCUUGCCCCAGCCCACGCAGCCAGGAAUGGAGUAGCACCAGCACCCCCCUGGAAAAUAGCAUCCCCGAGAGGCCGAUGUCCUCCAUCCCUCUCACCGGUGACAGCCAGACGGACUCCGACAUUCUGGCAUUCAUCAAGGCCAGACAGAAUGUCCUGCAGAAGAAAUGUUUGGGAAACAACUGAAUUUCCAGUGAGGGUCCUGCAAUGCCUUGUGCCAGCGAGAAUGAAGUACAGAUGAAGGCACCGCCCCUCACUCACUCUGGCUGCCCAAGUGAUCUCGGCUGCUGGGAGCAGCUAGUGACUGAUUCCUAUGGGGGGACCGUGUGCCCUUACGAAUGGUGCCUCGAGGCCACCAGAGAGGUUGAGGUGACUUCUUUCUUAUGCUGGGGUGCUAGGGGCAAGAUGGGGGCUUCAGCUCACCAUUACAGUGAUGUUUACAUAGAUAAUUAUAAACUUUGAAGAUUAGGAGAUAGUCCAGCAUCGUGUAGUGUCACAUGCUGGUGAAGUGUGGGAGAAGUAACCAUUGGUUAUUCUUAGCUAUUUACCGCCCACUCCUUUGGCCCAUCCCCUGGUUUAGAAGCCCAGGAAAGGCCAAGCAGGACUUCCAGCUAUAGGCAAAGCAGUGGACUGAGGGACAUCUUGAAGGCUAUUCCCAACCUCCCAGAUCAUAUCCUCCCGCAUCACCCUCAUGGCCUGGAUGACCUGUAGGUGCUACCUGAACAUCCCUGUCUCCAGGGAACAAUCCACCCUGCAGAAACAAGCUUCUCACAGAAUCCACAGAACAGUGGACAGCUCCCAGGAGCUCUGCAGAGAGUUUGAGAGAGGGCAGCAUGGGCCACUCGGGGCUUACAACCUCCACCUAGCCCCUUGGGGCCUUGUAGGAUUUGGGCCGAAACUCCCCACUCCUACAGGGGGACCUUGUCCCAGUGGGCCCUCUCACACUCCGGGCACUGGCUCAGUGUCACAGAUCCAGGGGAAGGUGGGCCUGCCCUCAAGGAAGCCCCUGGGGAGCUGCCCAAGCCAGCUGCAGUUUGGAGGGACAGUGGAAGGCAGGAGGGAUGGCCCCCGGGAACGAAGCUGGCUGAAUAAAAGUGCUUGUCCCUUG